UAGGAAAAAGGAUGGGUGGGGAAAGGGAUACUUAACGAUGCGUAGAAUAGUAUAGAUAUACUUCUACUGUGAUAAUUUACCGUGAAUGUGUCAAUUUGAUUAUUUCUUUGCAUACAUAUCAUUAUUUGCACACUAAUGAUUUAUCAUAUAAGAGAUAGUCAUUCUAUAAAAAUAAUUGUUUUAAUUAAUUGAAAAAAUUGGUUGUCUUUUAUUAUGUUGUUUACUAGGAAUCACAUACUUUUUUAGUGCAGUUCCGUAUACGUGUGCACUUAUUCACGCAGAAUACACAAUUACACGGUUAAUAAUUAAAUAUACAUAUUCAAGUUACUGACCAUACGUAUAGAUAUAGUAGAUAUAUAUACAGACAUACACGACCACGUAUGCUCGUACACAUUUCAAACUAGAGACUUAUACAAACAUCCAUUUAGGUUGCCUGAAAUACAUAUUAUAUAUACACAUACACAUACACAUGUGCAAUGGCUGUAUACACAUGAAAUAAGUAAUUGUCAUUACAAUAUUAUUAAGCAUACCAUACGUGCGUAUAGUCAUAUACGUAUUAUUAGAGAAAUUAUAUAACGAAGCGUAUGAAUGCUGUUAGUCUUGUGGAAUUGCAAUUAAAUAUUUUAUAUGAUGUAUUGUCGAAACAUAAUAGCUCAUGCUUUCAAACAUGCUCAAAUAUUUGCAAGAUCUAAUUUAAUUAUUACAAAUAUUUAUCGAUUAAAUUCAAGGAAAAAUGCCUUAAUAAUGUGUUUACCACAAAUUCACGAAAUACAAAUGAAUUGUAACAAAUUUCAUGAACAACGAAAGACGGCGCGAACGAAGUUUGUUGUAAUUUCCGGUACCUUUUUGUUUACUCUGUUUGGUUUCGGUGAUGAUGAUGAUGAUGAAGAGAAAGAUGCAGUUUUGCAAUUAGAAACGACAAUAAAACGAUCGAUUUUACUGAUUCAGAAGAAAGAAUAUAAAAAAGCUGAACAAAUGUUACAUGUUGCUUUGCGACAAGCACAACUUUUACAACAUUAUGAUGGUAUAACGUAUGUUUACGAUGUAAUGGCUAAUCUUGCAUUCAAGUUAGAUCAAUUUAACAAAGCAGAAAAAUUAUUUGUAUCUGUUUUACAAAGAUUAAUGUCCAAAGGAAUGACUGAAGAUGAUUUAGCAGUCGUUCAUAUUAGUCUUAAACUCGCUAACAUGUAUAGUAGAACAGGAGAAAUAAAAAAAGCUGAAAAUGGUUUCCAAUUUUGCCUACAACAGUUACAAAAGCAUAUGGCUAAGGAUAAUGAAAAUCCAGAUGUUCUACAAUUAGUGGGUUUAGCUUCAGAAUGGUAUGGUAGCUUGCUUCUUUCAGAAUCACGAUAUAUUGAUGCUCUUAAGUACCUCACUGAAGCAUAUAAUAUAGCUAUAAAAAUUCUGGGUGAGGAAGAUGAGCAAACUGUUAUAUUACUAAAUGAUUUGGGAACUGUAAAGUGUAUGAUGAAAGAGUAUGAUCAAGCUAUUGAAUAUAUAACUGAAGCAAUAAAAAUAGGAGCAGAAUUACCAGAUAUGAUUGACAUAGGUUCUAUUUAUGUUAAUUUGGGAAAUGUAUAUCUUGAAAAAGGAUUAUAUAAGGAAGCAAAAAAGAAUUGUACAGAAGGAAAACGAUUAGGAAAAUCACAAAAUCAUGAUAAAUCUGUAGAUGUAGCUGAAAAAUGUCUUGAGAGGAUAAAGGAAAUAAUGUCUCAGCAGAAAAGUAAAAAUAAUAAUUAAAAUUUUAUUAAUAAGAGUUUAAUUAUAAUUUAAUUAUUACAAUUAUGUAUAAUUAGUAAAUCAAGUGAAAUAGAAACAUGAUUUUUUAUUACAGUAUA